CAGGCUUUGGAAACUUUCUAUGAGAAGUUGGAUCCAGAUUUCAUCAACAUCAGGACAAAGGCCAGAGAGCUUGUUGGAAAAGAUGCUCUAGCAGAAAGGUAACAAAAUCACCUUGGAAACAGGGAAGCUCAAUCGUGGUCUCUCCGAUUGAAGCAAGGCCAAUGUUUGACUGAUAAAGAGACUUUCAUUUUGUGUGCUCUCAGGUGUUGCAUUGAAUGGUUUCAAGUUUAUUUUCUUGUGCUUGAUGAUGCAUCAUGGACAACUCUCACACGUCGUGGUCACUGGUCAGCAUUGUUCGUUCAGACGGCCAAAGCGGAAUGCUAAUUUUCGUUUCCUUAUAUCCAAGUGCCAAAAGAGUUCCAAAAGGCAUAUGAGAAUGGAUUUCACAAGUCAAAGUUCUAGGAGCCAACAUAUGAGGAUUGUCUCAACCUGAUUGCUCGUGUUCCUGUUGUAGCUGCGUAUGUUUAUCGGAGGAUGUACAAGAAUGGUGAUUCCAUCCCCUCAGAUACAUCUUUGGAUUAUGGUGCAAAUUUGCUUUCCCACAUGUUGGGAUUUGGUGAUGAAAAGAUGAAAGAGCUCAUGAUGCUUCUUUACAUCACUAUCCACAGGAAGCUGCGAAGGAAUGUGGAGAAAACAUAUCGAAAGAGCAGUUAAUAUGUUUGGAAGACAUUAAACAAUAGCAAGGUUGUUCCAGGAUAUGGACACGGUGUUCUGCGCAAAACUGAUCCAAGAUAUGUAUGGCAAAGAUCUUACAUGAGGUAUUUAUCUUGGAGAGCCAAGCGGGAUAAAGACCAGUGCAAAUGGCGAAGAAGUUGGGUUCAACACUGAGGUUUAUGCUACCCACGAGACAGCUCGGAAACGGCGUGACAAGCUGUGUUCUGUUGACAAAGUUAAUGUCUUGGAACAGGCCACUAUUUUAUGGAUGAAAGGAGUAACAACACUAGCCUCUGAAUAUCUUGAUGUAUGUCACAUAUGUAUGUUGACAAUGCUGCGAUGCAGCUUGUUUGUGACCCCAAACAGUUUGCAUCAUUGCUACAAACAACAAAUCUGGUGAUAUAUUAUCCGGUGAAGCUUCAGUGAUCACAUGAAACAUUGGAAUGCUGCCAUCUUCUAGUCUCCAUGAUUCGAUAUAAUAUAAAACAAUCUGAUCUUUGAGUAUGCAGUAAUCAAUUGGUUCCUACUAUAGCUUUCAAGGUCUCUCUGAGUGUUAAAUGUAAAUGGAAUUUUGGGUGGUGGUUUCCUCGCUGCUGGAUUAUAUUUGAAUUGUACUGUUACAGGAGGCUUCCUUCAACGCUUCAACAUUGGCUUUGAUGGACAUGUUUCUUCUAUGUGCUACUUCUUCAAAGGAUCUUUAGGAAGCAAACCAUGAUCCAAUCAUCUCGUUUCUAAUCCAUGUUAUUUUCUUCAAGCGUUCUCAUGGAUUUGUGGAGGAUGAUCCUGCGAUUGAUCGGUGAUGGCUUUGACUGAUCGUUGUCACUCUCUUACUCUUGUUGCUCUUCUAGAAUUGUGGAAGAGGAUGCUUUGAUCGGUUAGUGAUUGUUUUGAUGGCUUGUAUUUGUCCUCUCUGCAGUUCAUAUUCAGAUCAUGAGGAAUUAGGAUUACUGUGUGGGAGGUUCAAAGAGAAAAAACAAACAUUGUGGGAGCGUUUGAUUUCUGAGUUUAACUUUCAGGAGGUACGUGGUUCCAUUUUGUUACCUAUUCAUCUACCGUACUCUAUGUUACCUCGUUGGUGGUUUCUUCUCUUUUCCUUGGAGGUAACACCUGUUUCGUUUUAACAUCUAAUCGAAGAUUCAAUAAAAAUCUAAAUAUAAAAUCCACCCAUUUGAGAAUUGAAACAUUAACCAUACAAAAAUAUGGCAGGCCUACUUACCAUUAACGAAUCGAACUCAGGGACAAACGAUAGAUUUGAAAAACUUAAGAAACAAAAAGUUUACAAAACAAAGAUUAAUGAUGACUGGGUUUAGAAACUAUAAGAAACAUCAAAAGGGUCGAAUUUAUUCUGUAAUACAUUUGUUAAAACACCAAUGAAUACGCAUAUCUACACCAGACAUACUGUUCAGUUAUUGGAUGAGAAGAGAGAAUAAAAGACUCCUUGCAGGAAUUCACGCCAACAAAAAGUAUAUAGAUAGAUUGUAAACCAGAACAACUGAAAUGGUUGAAAGAAUUCCAAAUAUAUAGAUCUGAAAAGAGGCAAUUGAACAUGUGUUUUUACAUAGAGAAACGUUGAUUCGGCAGGGCUAAACAAAGAUAAGCGACGAUUUGGGGAUGGAAGAGAAGCACCUUUUUAUUUAAUAAAUUAGCGACAUCAGAUUUGAUCUAAACCGUUGGAUGAGAAAAUAAAAUAAUCUCAUCCGAUGAAUUAAAAAGAUGACGUCAGCAGUUUUUUAAAAAUGAGUUUGCUAUUAUAUAUAGAUGCCAUCCACGUCAAUAAAAAUGUGAUAUUCAAAAAUAUAUAAAACACGUCCGAAACUAGCAAAUCAUCAUGUAGUAGUAAGUUAGUUGGUUGUGUAACAAUUAGUUGAAUGACCGUUAGGUCUAACACCUAAGUUUCAAAAAUUUCCCGGGAGACAAAAAGAUUCAAAACACAAAGCAAAGAGAGAGAGAGAGAGAGAGAGAGAGAGAGAGAGAGAGAGAGAGAGAGAGAUCAAUUGAAACAUGAAGGAAGAGGAGAGAGUUGGUUCAUCGUCCUCUUCUUCGUCUUCUCUUCCUGUGAGCUACGGAGUUGACUGUGAAAAAUACGAAUUUUCUUCAUCCGUUUCUUCUCUGUCUCAACCGUUCUCUCCUGAAGGUUCAAGUAACAAGAGUUUUGUUCUUGAAAACAAUCUUCCUUUUGUUUUCUCGCUGGACCAUAGCAAUAACACCAUCCUCAUCUUUCCUAGAGAUAGACCAUGUUCUUGUCUCCACCAUGUCUUGGAGUGGAUUCUACAGAGAUGUUGUUGUUGCCUCUGUUAGCCUUUCUACUUUUUUUUUAAACUUAAACCAAUAAAAUCUUGUGGCCUGUCCUCAUGCUAUAUCAGAUUAUAUGCAAGUAGUAAGAGCUUUUUUUUCUGUUAAUUUUUGUACUAGCUUGGUUGUAAUUUGUUACUUUGAAAAAGUUUGAAGUACUACUCUUAUUUAGUGAAGUUUUUAAUAGUUUACAACAAAAAUAACAAAAAAAAUAACAAGAACAUGUUUUGUUGCCGAACUUA